AUGCAUGUUUUUAGGAGCAAGGAAGAGGCUGUGAGCCAUUUACGGACAAAGUUUACGGAUGCACACGAGGUCAGGGAGCUGAUGAAGAGGUACAACAUCUCGAUGAAGAGAGGAUGCUACAACUCAUACGAGGGCAAAGUGAUCGACGAAGCCAUACGAAGGUUUCUGAAGGAGCAUCGGCUUGAGAUGAGGAACUUGCAUGCCUUCUUUCUUGAGGAGGAGCCAGAGUUUCCAAUAAAAGAUCUUUUGGUGGAGGUGAGCAAUGCGCUUGAGCAGAGAACAAUGAACUCUGUAUGGGUUUAUGUAUCCUACCACUAUCACCCGUACAUCGAUGCGAAGUGGGAGCCCGAGAACGAGAUCCAGCUUCUCAAUCUUGUCAGGGUCCUUGGAUUCAAGUGGAAGGAGAUAUGCGGAAUAAUGAACAAGACCUCUCGAAAGUGCAUUUCCAACUACUACAGGAUAAUGGGGUUUAGAUACCUGUAUAGGAAGAGCUUUAAGAUGCCUGAGGGGGGCAUUCCCACCACAAACGAGGAGUGGGACAGGUUAUGCGAGAGUCUUAGGACUACUCGAAAGAGGCUGUCACAUCUAAUCAACGGGUACAUAUCAAGCAAACUAGUUGUUCCCUUCUGGAACGAAUACAACAACAUGGCCCUGAUGGGAUAUGUGAUACUCCACAACCACUUCUGCUCCGUGGACAUCAAGGUUUCUGAGAUUCUCAGGGUGAUAGACGAGGGGAGUGCCGAAACCUCGGGUGGGGAGGGAGUAAGCAGGGAAAGGAUACACGAGGAGAUAUCGAGGUUCAUUCCUGAUCUCGGGAGUUACAAGCUGGACAUUCCAAUUGAUGCCGAGGAUAUUUUCUGGAGAACCAUAAGGCUGUUUGUGCAAUUUCCUUCUGCACUACUGAGGUCGAGGUUUAUCCAGAUAACAAAGGUGUAUGGAAUCAGGACGUUUAAGGAUCUGAUUGAAGUGUUUCGAAACCUAGCUGUCGACUGUUACCUGUACAAAGUAAAAGAUAGGCUUAAGGACGAAGUGAACAAGAUUCUGAUCCAGAAGAGUACGAGACGAAGGUCUACCAAGGAGCUGGUGGAGGGAGACUAUGGCAGUAAAGCGGAGAGAUCUUGCCGUUAG